AUGGCGUCCUUUUUGCAGUCCUUCAUCAACCCAAAGAAGAACUGGUUUUCUUGUCAACACAUGAAAGCGCUCACCCAACGCCUCCGUAAUUAUGGUCUUCAAUACGACGAUAUGUAUGAUCCAUAUUAUGAUAUUGCUGUGAAGGAGGCUUUGAAUCGACUCCCCAGGGAGGUUGUUGAUGUGUGCAAUCAUCGUUUGAAGCAGGCCAUGGACCUUUCCAUGAAGCACCAGUACCUUCCUGAUGAUCUUCAGGCCAUGCAAACACUAUUCAGGAGCUAUCUCCAGGAUAUGCUAGCAUUUUUCAAUACAAAAGAUGCAUAUAUGCAAGGAGAGAUCGACGUAAUUCAGACCCAAUGGUAUGUUGGCAUUGAACUUCUUAAACUUGACAUUGGAAAAAUUCCCUUAACUCGUUGUGUAGUGCAACAAGUUCUUAUUGUUGUCGCAUCAGGUCACUCAUCUGAGAUUCGAUCAUGUUUUGCUGCUGCAAAAAUUCAUCAAGACCUCCUAAGAUAG